AUGCUGAACCAAUUGGAGUUCCUGGAGCGGGGAAGCAAUUGGUCGCGUUAUCGUUUUUUAAAGGUGGUUUUUAGUCUACAUGUAUCCAAACUUUUCUACAGCCUGAAAUUGAGAUUCUAUUUCUAUGAUCGAAAUCGCCUUUCAACCAUGGUAAAUGUCCAUAAAGGAAUUCUUGUUAAAUGUGAUCCAGCUAUGAAACAGUUCCUUCUACACUUGGCAGAAAAUUUAGUUUUGGGCAAAAAUUUCGUUCAUACUGACAUGGACGAUUAUCAUCUAUUUAUUGAUGCCGAUAUUCUGAGCAAAUUACAAGAAAAAGUAGAUGACCUGAUGGAAAGUUUAUCUUUUCCAAUGACUGUUGAAAACGAUUAAGUUGAAUCUUUAUGCUUUCGUUUUGGUAUUCACUAUUUAUCACCUUGUUUCCUGCUUGCUUUCUUAAGGCUAUAAAGACUACUGUACAAAUGAAAAGUAUCUUAAGAACAAAUGUUUGAGUAUACUGUUCUACAGUGUAAUAUAUAAUUGACUCAUUGUGUUAAUUGUUGGAGAUAACUACCCUGUAGAAUGAAUAUUGGUAGAAAUAUAUUUGUUAUGCCGUAGUUUCA